AUGCAGCUCAAAGCCCUCUCCCUCCUGGCCCUGACCCCCCUGGCAGCCGCCGUGGGCAACGCAGUGGUCAAGAACUCCUGCGACCACCCCGUCUACGUCUGGUCCGUCGGUGGCUCCGUUGGUCCCAAGCAGACCGUCGAACCAGGCAAGUCCUACAGCGAGCCCUUCCGCCACGACGAUGCCUCCGGCGGCGUCUCCCUGAAGAUCACCACCGUCGACAACGGUCUCUACAACGGCAGUCCCCAGCUGAACUACGCCUACACGCUUGACAACGCCGGCGUGUGGUACGACAUGUCCGAUGUCUUCGGUGACCCUUUCUCUGGCAGCGCAGUGGUCAUCAAGCCAUCCGACACCUCCUGUCCUUCUAUCUGCUGGCCACAGGGCGUUUCACCCGGCGGUAGCCAGGUGAAGGUUUGCCAGAGUAAUUCGGAUGAGGUCUUGGAGCUUUGUGCCGAGGAGUGUUAG